CAUAGCAUGAGAUAAACCCUGGCACAUUCUGAGACAGACAAACAUUCGAUUGACUGCUACUGUGCUAAGUUCAGGACUGUCAUCUGCAUGAAUAUGACUUCUCCACGGACAUUUGGAUUCUUUCUCAAUAGCAACAGAGCAUCGGGACCCAGCUGGGGAGUGUUUUGUCGAGCUCUGCUCUGCCGGCGAGUUGCAGAGCACAGGGAGGUAGAGAGGGAAUAAAAAAAAAAAUGGUAUACACUAAAGCUGUGUUACUGUGGGAUUGUCUAUCCUUUUAGAUCAGCAGGCAGAUCAGAUCGACAGGCAUUCCCACACAGAGACCAGAGACAAAUGGAGGGAUGCAAAAAUCUCCCUCUUCCCUUGAUCUGCCUGAGACUGACUUACCCCGGCGCGUAUCCUUUUGUGUCAGAGACCAAGGCGUCCUCCUCAGUCAACCCCCCAAGAUCGACUGUGGGUUAACCCGGCGGACAGAGCCCCCUCCUCAGCCCCCCUCCCCAUUGUCUGUGCCGCCAGUUUCUCUCUAUUCCUGCUUCUCUAUAGUUUAUAUUUACCUUUGCUAAGCUACCUUCCUCUUUCUGCUAAGCUCUCUUUCUCUCUCCCUCUAUCACUCUCUCUCGCUCUCUCCCUCCCACUUCUUGCCAUCUCCCUCCCCUAGCUUCUUCAAAGCCAGCAGUUUGCUAUUCUAUCCAGGCUGCUUGCUACAUGAUCUCUUGGAACACAGCGCUCAACGCUGCUCUCUCGCUGCCUGAUGCCGGAGCUGUCUCAGAUUUUCAUCUCAAGAACGGCAGGAUGCUCCUGCACAGGGAUUGAUCCCCCCUUUUCCCCUCUCGUUCUCCCCUUCCCCUCCCCUUUCCUAAUCUCCCGCCCUCUGACCCUCACCCCCGCUUCUCUUUCCCGACACCCCUUGCCAUUCUUUCUCACCCCAAGCCUCCUCUGCCCCUCUCUGCUCUUACCCCCUUGACCAUGUUGCCAUGUGUCUGCUGGCUCCAUCCUCUCCUUGUCUUGCUGUCCUCUGUCUUAUGGGCUCAGGGAGAAAACUGCCCAACGAGCUGCCUGUGCCCAGAUCCCCACACUGUGGACUGCAGCGGCCGUGGACUCACCCGUCUUCCUGAUGAGAUCCCCUUGGAUGUCCGCAGGCUCCUUCUGUCUGACAACUGUAUCCCCCGCAUUCCCUCUGACUUCCUAGUGCUCUACAGUGACCUGGUCUACCUGGACCUGCGGAACAACUCUUUGUCCCACAUCGAGCCGGGCACCCUCAGCACCUCUUCCAGGCUGGUGUUUCUGGACUUGGGCAGCAACAACCUGACUGAGAUCCCCUCGGGGACCUUUGGGCAGUCCCGUAGCCUGAUCAAACUCCGCCUGGACAACAACCCCUAUCUGAGCAUGGUCAACGAGGAUGCGUUCCUGGGCCUCACCUCCCUGCGUGAACUGGAGCUGGAGCGUAACGCCCUGUCUGGCCUUCAGGUGGGGGCGCUGAGCCAGUUGCCCUCUUUACGGGUGUUGAGACUGGAGGGCAACCCUUGGGUGUGCAACUGCAACUUUGCCAACCUGUUUGCAUGGCUGGAGGAAAACAGUCACAAGCUUCCAAAUGUGCCAGGGAGAGUAAUGAAAGACAAUGAGAGACGGGCUCUAGGGGGAGACCUUCAGGGGGAUGGUCUCAGAUACAUUUCACUACAGACUGUCUGCAGCUUCAUCCACAUCAGCAAAACAAACACAACAACAGAAAGUCAACACCUCAUGUUUAUGAUUCUGCUUGAGCAUGAGAUUUAUGUUGCCAUGGCUGUGUGUGUAGUGUACUGUCCAAGCCAAACACCUGCCUCUCCCCUCAGGCCGGUGGUCUAUUAAUGUUUCACUAAAUCAAUCAAUUAGUGAGCGCUGUUUGUAUGGAAGCUGGAGCCCAUCCAGUCCUUUACUAUUGUGUUUCUGCCUGGAUGAGUUAGGUAACGUUAUGGCACUGAUGUGUUGGUGUGGGCCCCCUCUCUCUCUGUGUCUCAAGGACACUCUCAGAAUGUGUGCACGACAUGCAAAUAUGGAAAACAACAAAAGACAAAGGGGAUUACAAUUCUCCCACAGGAGUGUGUAUCCCACAAAGGGUAAAAUCUGCUUACAUGGCGAUGAUUAGACUGAACAUCCAAACCCAGAAGCUAUUGUUGUGGGAUUCAUGUGUUCAUAAUGCAGAGGGAAACAACGCCUAAUUGUAGAGAUUGUCAUUUAUUCCACUCUUUCAAGGUAGAAACAUAACAAACCCCAGACUACAGGAUACACAGUAGCCUACUAACCAAACACUGUAGCAAUCCAAUAUAUUCAUAUUUUACAACUUUCAGAUUUGACUCCACAUUACUCCAAUCACCAUUUGUUGUAUUUGGAGAUACUAACAAGAGCCACAUGUUGUUUGCUUGACAUCACAUUUGAAUAUUAUUUAGAUAUUGUCCUUGAAAAUGCAGAUGACAUCGCAAAGGUUAUUUAUUUGUUGAAGUCUAUUCAUAAUAAUCAUUCAAGCAAGACUAUGUAUAGCCCACCAGAUAAUACUAUAUAGAACCACUAACAUGUAGCACACUAUGUUGUUAGAAUAUUAGGGUCCAAUAGUUCAGGUGUGCUGAAUCUAGACACCCCAGAUGAUAUGUUUCACACUGUGAAUGUAAAUAUGUGUACUGUAUUCAAUUCCAAGGUAAAGCCUCACAGCAUAAAACAUCAUGAAUAUGUUAAGUCGGCAUAUGAACCAGUAGAUACAGUACAUAAAUAAGCAUGCACAGCUGUCACUGUCUCCAAGCCAAGGUCGUUCCACGGGGGACAUACUGUAACAUGAUGAUCUACAUAAAUAUGGGACAUCAACACAUUGUAAUGACAAACAUUGUCCAAUCUCAUGUUACUGUAUCUGUAUCCUUUUGCAAAUAUGAUUUCCCCCUGGGUUUGAUGGAGAAAGGAUUACUUAGAUAAACUGAGAUAUACAAUCUAUAAUUCAGGCAAACGGGGUAAAGCUGGCAACAGCCCAGGGAUCCAUUCCAUUAUAUCUGUUUGAUGAGAUAAACUUUAGUCUGUGGAUAUGGACAUCAUGUUCACAUAACCUUACUUUGUUGUUCUUUUUUAAUCAUAGGAAUGCGAGAACAACAGUAGUUAUGUUUUAUAGAUGCUUGUGUGGAGACAAAUAAUAUUUCUAAUAAUACUUUCCACCCUAUGCAAGCAGUGGGUGGACAUUGCAAACGGCUGACAACUAACAAAAACAUCCUCACACAUUGAGUUAGUGCUUUACCAUGUAACUGCCACCCCUCUUCCUCUCCCUCCUACUCCUCAAUAAUAAAGCAACCGCAAAAAGCUGGGGCUGUAUGAGAAAGAGAAGUUGAUAAAUUGGCAGGAAUACCUCGUACCCCAUUGUAAGAGGCUGCAAAUGCAUUCAUCACUGGUCCUCAGUGUUGUCUACUGCAGGCUGUAAUGAAUUAUAGUAGAGACGCUGGCCAAGCACACAUCAGCAACAGCAAACAAGAGGCCAUGGGCCCAGCGAGCCAACCCUCUGGCAUACCUGCCAACUGGUCCGAGACAUGCACUCUCAAAUUGAGUUAGCGGUGCAGCUUCUCACCUCAUGUAAGGCACUUACAUUCAAACCAGUCAGUGUUUACUGUGUGUCCUGGCUAGGAGGCUUUAGCAUGAGACUGGUCAAAACCACCUACCAAAGAUUUUAAAAAACAUAGUGACCUUUUCUAUUUAGCAUCAUCAAUCAAACACACACACCCACAGGGCACAGACGUCGGAUAAACGUCACUAGCGUGAAUUCAACAUGAAAUUAACAAAACAUUUCACCAUGUCGUUGGAUUUAGGUUAAAAGU